AACGAAAACUAAGAAGCAUAUAAAGCCAGGGAGCCACAGCUGACGCAGUCUGACUCAAGACGUCUGAGAGAGACAAUCUCGACAGAACCAACCAACCGGACCUUGUUGUUUUAUUUUUAUCAUUUUUUUAACAUUUAUACAACUUCAAUUCUAAAGUGCUGUAAUUUAUUUUCAAUAACAUUUCAGCAAAGAAACCUGCUACCAACCUAGAAAUCAACAACUGCCACAUGAAAGACCAUGGAAAGUCUGAAUUUAAGAUCAGGCAGAAGAGGGCCUCAAAAUGAUAAUGAUACUGGCCAACAUGAAACCGGGCAAGGACAAAGAGGACAAAGAGGACAAAGAGGGCAAAGAGGGCAAAGAGGGCAAAGAGGGCAAAGAGGGCAAAGACGAGGAGGCGUGCAUGGAGACAGAUCAGGAGGACCAGAGGUCAGAAGACGAGCACAAAGUCAAGGGAACAAUCGAGCACAAAGUCAAGGGAACAGUCAAAGAGAUGCAGACAGACAGAGAGGAGGAAGAGGAAGAGGUGGAAGUAGAGGGGCAGGUGAUGAAAGGCAGAGAUUUGGAGGUAGCAGAAAUGAACAGCCAGGUGGAGCUGAAAGACAAGGAAUGAGAACGGGGGAAGCAGGAAUAGGCGUAAGAAAAGAAGGGCACACUGGAGACAGAAGAGAAGGCAGGGAUGAGAAGAGAGAUGGUGCAGGUCCUCGGAAACUGGGUUAUAAAACACUGGAGGACCUCUCUAAAACUGAGCCGUCUGUUGUAGCCAUUACACUCUCCUCAAACCCUGGCUUUCGAGCUCUGCUUGAUGAGACACCGAUGAGACCAGACCUCACCCAGCUCGUCUGCUUGGUGCUGAGCAAAGCCUUCACUGCAAGGACGGACAGAAGCACCCUGCUGCACCUGGCUAACAUCAUAAAAGAGUCAAAGUUCUUAGACACCACCCUGCUUCACAAUGUGGGAGGCAUGAUGUCCGACUCUAACCCUGCCCGCAGAGCACAAUACCCGCAGCAUCUGGAAAACAUCCUAGCCAUUCUCUCAGAGGUGGUUAGUAUCUUCCCUGCAAGCUCUGUCACUAAAGUGAGUAUGUUAGUGGCAAUGCUCCAAGCCUCUAUCAGCACACUGAGGUCAUCUGGUCUUGAUAUUCCGUCAAAAAUAGAGGAGCAGAUGGAAAAUAUGAAGGGCCUAAUAGAGCAUCUCCAGGAGAAAUCGAGGGAGGGCACCCUGCAUACAGACAAGGACAAGUACGCUCUUCUAACUAAUGGUGAUGCAAACCAAGAAGAAGACCAGGGAGAUUUCAGGAACAUACCAAUCUACCCAACUCCCGAGGAGUUCCAGGAGGAACACAGGCCAUAUCUCAGACCCAACCUCACUUCUCAAAGAUACACAAACACCCACCUUUACCUCGAUACGCACUUCCGGCUGCUCAGAGAGGACUUCGUCCGACCCCUGCGUGAGGGAAUUCAACAGUUGGUCCAGAACCAGAUGGACAUGGGAAGGAAUGAUAAGCGAGUGAAGUUGAAGCGCUUUGAUGACAUCCGUGUGUAUUUUGACACACGCCUUGUAGUGCCCAAGUGCACACAUACUGGUCUUGACUACAUUGUCCAGUUUGACGUUCAGCCACUUAAGUUUGUGCGCUGGCAGAACUCCAAGAGGCUGCUCUUUGGUUCCCUGGUCUGCCUGUCGCAUGAUAACUUUGAGAGCUUCUUGUAUGCCACAGUGUCUGAUCGAGACCCCAAAAACCUGCAGAAAGGGCAGGUUCAGCUUACCUUUACAAAUGAAAGCAGAAACAUGUUGGCCAGAAUACAGACGGAUCAGUUGUUUCUGAUGGUUGAGACAACAGCGUACUUUGAGGCCUAUCGGUACGUUCUGGAAGGCUUGAAGGAGCAGACUGAAGAAGAUUUGCCCUUUCAGAGAUACAUUGUGGAGUGUUCUACCAAUGUGGACCCACCAGCUUACCUAAGAAGAAAAAAUGUUUAUGACCUCUCACCGGUGGCCAAACCUGAACACAAGACCAGCAUAAGGCCAUUCAACAGCCUGGAGCCAAAGGCCUGGCCUGACAAGGAAAAAUUGGGUCUGGAUGAGUCUCAGAUGAAAGCCUUUCAACUUGCCCUGACCAAGGAGCUGGCAAUCAUACAGGGACCUCCUGGCACUGGAAAAACCUACGUUGGCCUAAAGAUUGCUCAGGCCCUGUUGACCAAUGAGGGUCUCUGGAACAACACAAACCCAGCUCCAAUGCUUAUUGUAUGCUAUACCAACCAUGCCCUGGAUCAGUUUCUUGAGGGCAUUCAUAAAUUUCUGAGCAACGGCAUUGUGAGAGUGGGAGGUCGCAGCAACAGUGAGAUCCUAAAAAAGUUCAAUCUGCGUGAGCUGACCCAUUCGCCUAACUUCAAACGUACGCUGCCACCACACCUUCGCACUGCAUUUAAUCAGAUCUACAGGCAGCUUUGUGACGAGGAAAGGGAACUCAAAGCCCAGGCCAUGAAGCUUGAGUGUUCUCUUAAAGGGGUGAUUCGGGAGCCCUUCCUCCAGAGGUUCAUUUCACAAAUACACUGGAAAAGUCUCCACUCCCCCCCUGUAGAGGAAAGCUUGGAGUCCUGGAAUGGAAGGAACACCGGUCUGAUGAUGAAGUGGUUGGGUUUGGAAUUGACUAACUUCCAGCAGAGGGAGCCAGAGACUGCGAAUGGAAACAAUGCAGAGGAAGCAAUUGAGGUGGACGAUGACCUCAUUGCAAUUGCAGAGGAGGCAGAGCUGAUCCAAGCAGAGCGGAUGAUUGAUGACGGCUGGACAAUUGAUCCCAGAGCUGACGGAGAUGACAAGAAGAAAGAGAUCUUCGAGGAGACUGUCGAGGAGGUGGAAGAAAUGAUGCUGGCUAUGAAUCUGGAGAAAGUUGACGUACGGGCUGAGCAGAAUGAAGAAGCAUGGCAGAUCCAACGGGACCAGAGGAGAAAGAUGAAGAACAAAAUCAAAAGAGAGCUUGGGAAGAGCUCAGUUAUGACUGAGCAGGAGGAGAAUUCUGUUUUUGACGUUUGGGCACUUAAUCUGGAAGACAGAUGGAGACUUUACCGGUUGUGGAUUACACGCUACCGAAUAGAGCUUCGCACCAACGCCCUAGAGUCUGAGCAGGCGUAUCAAAAUACAGCUGACAGAUUGGCAGAAGUGAAACGGCAGGAGUAUCUUCAUGUCCUCAAGAAAGCAAAGGUUAUCGGCAUGACAACAACAGGGGCAGCCAAGUUCCGCGCAAUUCUGCAGAACGUACGUCCGUGCCUCGUAGUUGUUGAAGAGGCCGCAGAGGUUCUGGAAGCCCACACCAUCACCACACUGAGCAACGCCUGCCAGCAUCUUAUCCUCAUUGGAGACCACCAGCAGCUGAGACCAAGUGCCACAGUUUAUGAUCUUGCUAAAAACUUCAGCUUGGAAAUGUCUAUGUUUGAGCGGCUGGUGAACAUGGGGCUGCCCUACGUGAGACUCAACUAUCAGCAUCGAAUGAGGCCGGAUAUUGCUCGUCUUCUGACCCCACACAUUUACUCCGAGUUGGAGAACCAUCCCUCUGUGUUUGAGUAUGAAGACAUCAAGGGCCUGAACACAAAUCUAUUCUUUUUGGAACACAACCACCUAGAGGAAGAGAUCAAAGAUGGAAAAAGCCAUCAGAACAGUCAUGAGGCAAAGUUUGUCGUUGCUUUGUGCAAAUACCUCCUCCUCCAAGACUACAAACCAGAACAAAUUACUAUACUCACGACCUACACUGGCCAGCUUCACUGUCUGCGCCAACAAAUGCCUGCAAGUGACUUCUCAGGGGUCAAAGUACAUGUGGUGGACAAGUACCAGGGAGAAGAAAACGACAUUAUUUUGCUGUCUCUUGUACGUAGCAACCCCCAAGGAAAAGUUGGCUUUUUGAACAUUCCCAAUCGGGUCUGUGUAGCUUUGUCACGUGCUAAGAAAGGUCUUUACUGUAUUGGCAACAGUGGAAUCCUGGGCAGAGUUGAGCUGUGGAGCAAUAUCUUCCACACCUUGAGGGAGAAGAAGCAAGUUGGGAGAGCUCUAACGCUGUGCUGCCAGAAUCACCCAAAUCGACAGGUCGAGGCGAUUUCUGCUGAGGAUUUCAAACAGGCGCCUGAGGGGGGAUGCACCCAGCCUUGUCAAUUUCGUUUGGAUUGCGGCCACGUUUGCACAAGAGUUUGUCAUCCCUAUGACCCAAAGCACAAGGAGUUUAAGUGUCUCAAGAAGUGUGAAAAAACAUUAUGCGAUCAGGAGCACAAGUGCAUGCGAUUGUGCCAUCAGGAAUGUCCAAAGAAAUGUCCAAUAAAGGUUGAGAAGAUUAUACCUCAGUGUCAGGACACACAAAUGGUUCCUUGCCAUCAGGAUCCACAGACCUUUACUUGCCAAGAACCUUGCAAGAAACUGCUUCCAUGCGGACAUCCCUGUGAUUCAGUCUGUGGAAAGCCAUGCAGCACUAAGUGCAUAGCCACAGUAAUUUUAAAACUUCGUUGUGGACACAGCCAGCAAGGUGCUUGCUUUUACAAAACAAGCAGAGAGCAGCCUGAAUGUAAGGCACCAUGUAAGCACCAAUUAAAAUGUGGCCAUGGCUGUCGCGGGACCUGUAGCAAGUGUUACCAGGGGCGCUUCCAUAACCCCUGUGCUCGACGAUGUGAACGCCUUUUGAUCUGCUCUCACAAGUGUAUGGAACCUUGCACUCGUGAUUGCCCCCCUUGUAGGAGGCCCUGUGAGAACUGCUGUGUUCACAGUAACUGUAAGAGGGACUGCGGGCAACCAUGUGCUCCCUGCAUUGAACCCUGCGCCUGGCAAUGCCCUCACCAAAGCUGCAGUAAACUUUGCCAUGAGCCAUGCGAUCGUCCACCUUGCACUCAACCUUGUAAAGAGACCCUGAAGUGUGGCCAUCCAUGCAUUGGUCUUUGCGGGGACAAAUGUCCGAGCAAAUGUCGCCUCUGUGACCAUGAAGACGUCGCAGAGAUUUUCUUUGGCACUGAAGAUGAACCUGAGGCUCGUUUUAUUCAGCUGGAAGACUGUGGACACAUCUUUGAAUCUACAGCUAUGGACCAGUGGAUGUCUGAUGCCAACCAGGGACCUGAAGAGCAGGUAGCAAUAAAGCUAAAAGAAUGUCCCAGGUGUAAAACUCCAAUACGUAAGAAUCUGCGCUAUGGCUCACACAUCAACCGUAGCCUGGCUGAGAUAGAGAUGGUAAAGAAAAAGAUAAAUGGAAGGCAGUCUGAUAUUGAUGAAAAAAGAGGAACCCUCCUAAAUCAGUGGGUUGAAAAUCGUAACAUUGGUGAAAUUUAUGUGAAAGAGGAAUAUAUGGAGAUCCGCGAAAACCUUAAAAAAACUUACCUCACAGCAAGUGAUCUGUGGAUCUUGGAAAACAAGAUGGAUUUUCUGAUAAGAGUUGCAAAGCUUCUAAAAGUUCAAAAGGAAAAAAUGUUAUUCACUGAUGGCUACAUGUUUAGACAGAGUGUCCAACAGUUCAUGUUCUGGCUCAAUAACACAAACCAAAAGUUCACAGAUCAACAAGUCUUUGAUUUGCAGAGAGAGCUACAGAGACUCAGCUUACUGGCUGAACUUAACGUCCGUUGCCACAUUGCAGACACAAAAGGCCAGACUGGGAAAAUGCAUUCAGAAGUUGAAGAUAUUAGACAUGCCUUGGAGAUGCCUGGCCAGUUCACUGAGCAAGAUCAACUAAAUGUGAAAGAAGCCAUGAAGAGCCUGGAUAAAAAGUUUCCAGUCACAGGCUUGGGGAUCAGUGAAGAAGAGAGAAAGAUGAUCGUCUCAGCAAUGAAAAUGCCCCCUGGCCACUGGCACAAAUGUCCUAAUGGCCAUGUAUAUAUUAUCACAGAAUGUGGAGGAGCGAAUCAGAGAUUUAAUUGUCCUGACUGCAAAGCAUCCAUUGGUGGAGUAAACCACAGACUGGACACUGGCAAUCAAGUUGCCACAGAAAUGGAUGGAUCCCAGCAUUCUGCCUGGUCUGAAGCUAAUAAUCUUCGUAACUUUGAUCUGCAAGACUUCUAAAAAGCUAUAUUAGAAAUAUCAGAUGUUGGUUUUGCUCUUGAAUGAAAAAAAUCUCCUUGUAAUUGUGCUGAAUACUGAGAUCUUUAUGGAACCAGUCAUUGCCUUUACAAAAUACAUUAAGUAUUGCGCAAUAAAUUAUUUCUUUUUGCAUGGAAUUUACUUUUGAAAUCCUUCAUUGAAUUUUUGACUAUAGCUUUUACCUGGUUUUGAACCACAUGAAUUAAAUUGGGAAGAGAAGUUUUAAAAUGUGCUCCUCCAAAAUUACAAGAUGUGGUUUUGCUUUUACAAUGUGCAUCUAUAGAGGUUGCCUAGCUAAAGUUGAAUGAAACAUAUAAUGCAGCUGUACAGGAUAUCUUCAUUCUUAGUAACAUCUUUCCUGUAACCUAACAACAGGUGGCAGCAGAAUACUGUAAAACAAUAAAAUGUAUGUCAAAAUAGUUGUUAGUUAUGUUUGUUGAUAUGAAAUAAAUAAAUAAAAUACAUAUAGUUUGACCGAUAA